AUACUUAAAAACUUUGACACAUGAAACAGGCGCGACUUUGAAGCUAUUUACCAAAUAGGCAGCAUGUCGGGUUCGGUGGAGAUCCCUCUCCGGGACACGGAUGAGGUGAUCGAGCUGGACUUGGAUCAGCUUCCAGAAGGCGAGGAAGUGUUAAGUAUUUUAAAACAAGAGGCUGCCCCACUACAUACUUGGGUUACUUUGGCACUUGAGUAUUACAAGCAAGGAUUUGCAGAAGACUUCGAAAAGAUCUUGGAAGCCUCUAGAAGUGAUGCAAAUAUUAACUAUGACAACUUUGAGAAAGAUCAAAUGCGUGCCCUGGAUAGCCUGGCAGCUUACUAUGUACAGCAGGCCCACAAAGAGAAGAACAAAGACAGAAGAAGACAAAUGUUUACUCAAGCCACUUUGCUAUAUACAACUGCAGAUAAAAUCAUUAUGUAUGACCAGAACCAUCUUCUGGGGAGAGCCUACUUCUGUUUGUUGGAAGGGGACAAGAUGGACCAGGCUGAUGCUCAGUUCAACUUUGUGUUAGGCCAGUCCAGCAAUAACAUCCCAGCCUUGCUUGGUAAAGCCUGUAUUGCAUUCUACAAGAAAGACUACAGAGGAGCCCUGGCAUAUUAUAAGAAAGCCAUGAGAACCAACCCAAGGUGUCCUGCCUCCGUUCGCCUAGGCAUGGGCCAUUGCUUUGUAAAGUUAGGCAAAAUAGAAAAGGCUAGGGCUGCAUUUGAGCGGGCUUUGCAGUUAGACUCCCAGUGUGUGGGUGCUCUUGUUGGGCUUGCCAUUCUCGAAUUAAACACAAAGUCUACAGAAUCAAUAAAAAAUGGAGUUCAACUUCUCUCCAAGGCUUACACUAUUGAUUCUACAAACCCUAUGGUACUGAACCAUUUGGCUAAUCACUUCUUCUACAAAAAGGACUACCAGAAAGUGCAACAUCUUGCUCUGCAUGCCUUUCACAACACAGAAAAUGAAGCAAUGAGGGCUGAAAGUUGUUACCAGCUGGCACGUGCCUUCCAUGUACAGGAAGACUAUGACCAGGCUUUCCAGUAUUACUACCAGGCCACCCAGUUCUCUUCCCCUAACUUCACACUGCCUUUCUUUGGGCUUGGACAGAUGUACAUAUAUAGAGGAGACACUGAAAAUGCAUCCCAGUGUUUUGAGAAAGUCCUGAAGGCACAACCUGGAAACUAUGAGACCAUGAAGAUUCUGGGGUCACUAUAUGCCAACUCCACCCAGCAGGAAAAGAGAGACAUUGCUAAGCAACAUUUGAAGAAAGUUACAGAGCAGUUCCCUGAUGAUGUAGAAGCCUGGAUAGAACUGGCACAAAUCAUGGAACAAUCUGAUAUUCAGGGUGCCCUGCAAGCCUAUGGGACUGCUACCAGGCUACUGAAGGAGAAGGUCGAGGCAGAUGUUCCUCCAGAAAUUCUGAACAAUGUUGCUGCCCUGCACUUCAGACUGGGCAAUCUGCAGGAGGCCAGGAGAUACUAUGAAUCUUCGCUGGAAAGAUCCAAGAUGGAAGCCCAGAAUGAUGAGACCUACUACAGUGCCAUCUCUGUGACAACUACGUAUAACCUGGCCAGGCUGUAUGAGGCACUACAUGAGGAUGACAAAGCAGAGAGAUUGUACAAAAAUAUUCUCAGAGAGCAUCCCAAUUAUGUAGACUGUUACCUGCGUCUCGGAUGUAUGGCUCGAGACAGAGGUCAGAUUUAUGAGGCAUCUGAUUGGUUCAAAGAGGCACUGCAGAUUAACCAGGAUCACCCAGAUGCCUGGUCACUGAUUGGUAACCUUCACCUUGCCAAAGCUGAGUGGGGACCUGGACAGAAGAAGUUUGAGAGAAUCCUGCAGAGACCUAGCACCAAAGAUGAUGCUUACUCCAUGAUUGCCCUGGGUAAUGUCUGGCUACAGACCCUGCAUCAGCCUAUGAGAGACAAAGAAAAGGAAAAGCGUCACCAGGACAGAGCCUUUGCCAUGUACAAAGCUGUCCUCAGAAAUGAUUCCAAGAAUAUCUGGGCUGCUAACGGCAUUGGCUGUGUGUUAGCACAUAAGCAGUGUAUAAAUGAGGCCAGGGAUGUGUUUGCACAAGUGCGUGAAGCCACAGCGGAUUUCUCUGAUGUCUGGUUGAAUAUUGCUCACAUUUAUGUGGAGCAAAAGCAAUAUGUGUCAGCCGUCCAGAUGUAUGAGAACUGCCUAAAGAAGUUUUACAAACACCACAACACUGAAGUCUUGGUGUAUUUGGCCAGAGCAUACUUCAAAUGUGGUAAACUAAAGGAAUGCAAGCAGACUCUACUCAAGGCCCGCCAUGUUGCUCCAAACGACACAGUGUUGCUGUACAACAUUGCCCUCGUGAUGCAAAAACUGGCCACACAGAUAUUGAAAGAUGAGAAGAGCAACCUUAAGACAGUGCUGAGUGCAGUGCAUGAUCUGGAAUUGGCUCAUAGAUUUUUCAGUUAUCUGAGCCAUGCUGGAGACAAAAUGAAAUUUGACUUGGCACAGGCAGCAAUAGAAGCUAGGCAGUGCUCUGAUUUGCUGAGUCAGGCGCAGUACCAUGUGAUGAGAGCUCGUAAGAUUGACGAGGAAGAACGGGAACUGAGAAAGAAGCAAGAUGAUGAACGUGAAGCUCUGAGACAAAAGCAACUGGAAGAACAGCAAGAGAAGCUCCGCCAGAAAACCGAAACAGAACAGCGUAUGCUUGAACAGAGAGCUCAGUUCAUUGAAAAGACUAAGAAUUUACUGGUGUUUGAUCAUGUAGCAGAAGAUAAGCCCAAGAAGAGUGGAGGAGGGAAGAGAGGCAGAAGAGUGGAGGAUGACAUCAUUGACGACAGUGAGUCAGACGACAAUGCUGCCCCGAAGAAGAAGCGCCGUCCACGCGGCAGUGGAUCUGAAGGCGAGGGUGGUGAGGAAAGAGGGAGAAAGAGAGUUAAGAAAAGAAGGCCCAAAGGUGAAGGGGGUGAGGGCAGAAAGGGACGUGCCCAGAAGCCUAAGAAAGAAAAGAAGGAAGCUGUUGGGGAAGACGGACUUACUGCCAAGCAAAGAAAGAAAGUGGUUUCAAAGGCCAUUAUCUCUUCCAGCGAGGAUUCAGACUCUGAUAAGGAAGGACUCAAGAUCGAUGAAAGAUCUUCUUCCGGCAGUGAAAGUGGGGGAGGCGGAGGCGGCAAGAAAAGGCGCAUUCUCUCCUCCGGGAGUGAAGAUGAAGAUGCAAACCGAUCCGGGGACAAUAAGGGAAGCGGGGACGAGGGUAGGUCCAGGGGCAGUCGCAGCAGGAGUCGCAGCGGCAGCCGCAGUGCCAGUCGGAGUCGAAGCAGAAGUCCCAGCGGCAGUCGUAGCGGCAGUGGAAGCCGUAGCCGCAGUCGCAGCAGGAGCAGGAGCAAAAGUGGAAGUCGAAGUGGGAGCAGAAGCCCCAGCAGGAGCAGGAGCCGGAGCCGUAGUGGGAGUAGAAGCCAAAGCCCCGCAGGUUCGAACAGAGGCAGUGGGAGUGAGAAAGAAGGGUCAGAGGGCAGAGGAAGUGGAAGGGACGACGAAGGAUCUGAUAAAGGUGGCGCUAGUGAUAGUGAUGGCGGCGGGAGUGGCAAAGGCGCAAGCGAUAAAAGUGGCGACGAAAGCGACUGAGAUGUUGACUAUGAAUAUAAAAGUGGCUAGUUUUUAGAGUGACUUAGUUGUAAUCAAUUAUUUUAUAACCGACAGAGUGAUAAAGUUGUUUUAGAUGGCGAAUGGAUUUAUGGUGUACACUCUCAUUUAGUAUAUUUCUUUAAUUUCUUAAGUUGCAGUAAAACUACUUGCAUGCAAUGAAACAACACAUUACUGAAACAAAGAAAAACGCAAAUUUUUGCCUGAAAAAUUAGUCCUGUGAAUAAAAGAUGACGAAGACGGAGUUGAA